GCGAGAGUCAGUGCAAUUCGCGACGCGACGCCCUUCGUUCCCUCGAUCCGCGUUCAAGGGGUGGAUCGAGCCGCGAUACUCGAGGGCCGAGCUCGAUACCCGAGGCUGGCCAGUGUUCACGUGCCGGGAAAACUGCAACACCUUUGCGCGUUGCCAUCGUCAAGUGCUCGACGAACGAGAAGAGAAUGAAAAGAGAAUGAAAGAUUUAUUUGAAACUCGCGUUCACGUGCGUUCGCGUUGCUCAGUGAGACGUUCGAAGGAGAAUUCCGUUUAGAAACGAAUCUGUCUAUAUGUGUCCUCGUAUACUUUCUUGCUCUCUAACGAAUCGUCCGGGGAAAUCGAUCCUUUCGCUUUUAUCGAACGAUUCCGCGAUUUCUUACGGGUCUACGUUUCGCUCGUGAGAAUAGAAAAUGUGCCGAAUCGUGUGUGCUCGAUAGAAAACGUGUACGAUAAAUGGAGUAACGAUUUUCAGCCUUCACCGAUCCGUCCGUGUUCGGAUCAUCGAUCCCAAAGGCCGUGGCGAUCGUUAGUUUUUCGUAAUCGCAUGAAUCUUCGUAUGGCGCGACGCCACUGCCUCUCCCGUUCCGUCGGAGGAUGUUGGAAAAAUUGAAAAUUAUGCAAACAUAAUUUCCAUCGUGGCGCUCGGUUUUGCGUCCACGCUCGCGCCACAGGCGUACAACCCGUGUAUGCGUCGCCCCGCAAAGUUCACUGUCAUCGGAGUAGCGACCGACGUAGUUUCAAGUAAAUUUUUCGACCAUCUCCCUUCUUCUUUCUCCCACCGUCUCCACCUUCCCCCGAUUUCGUUUCAAACGAAAUCAAUUCGAUCAAUUCUCCGCGGAAUACCGCUUAUUUGUUUCUCGCCUCCUUCUUCUCUUCAAAUUUAUCGAGUCUCGCCAGUUAACCUUUCCCUUUCCCCUUUCUCUCGCUCCGUUUCUCGGUAAGCACCGAGAUCGUGGACUUCGAAAUCCCAUUCGAGGUUCGAUCUCGCGCGAGCGCCGACCUCGGAUCGGAACCUCUCCCAACGAGCGAAGAAACUUGGAAAGUUUUGUUUCUCGCAUCCCCCUCCGUGUGCCACCCUCUCGAGCGUUUCUCGAGCGUGUUGUCGCGAAGCAAUUACGGGCCUCGAUGUUUAUUUCGAAAUGAGGAUUUGCGAGGCCCGAUCCCCGCUGCAAAUCUGUGCCGUUAAAUGAUUUUUAAUCGAGGCCCAUUAAGCGGAGUGCAUCAAAAUUACAUGAAUAUUUACGCCGCGGCUCUCGACGAAAUUACGUUUUAAACGAUCCGCCGGCCCCCAAUGAAAAUUGCAUAUUAAACGUCCUCCCUCCUCGGUAUAAUGUAAACUGAUUUGCGUAAGUAAGUCGCGUUACGAUCGAUUAAUUAACAACACUGCAACAACGAGAGAAGUGCUCGGUCGAGAUUUUUCCCUGAUCAAUCGGAAUACGUUCGAACGGGGGGGCAGGCUCCCGAAGGAACGUUCGAAUCAUUUUUAUUUCGAGCUAUCGUUCUCUACGUACCACGUUAUUAACGCGUGUUGAACCCGUGCCGCUCCAUGAAUAUGAAUCGUCGCCACCACGCUAAUGCAACGCCACUGGAAAUCCCCUGCCCACCCCGCACGUCACCGCCGUGAUUACAUAAUUUAUCGCGCAGUCGAGGAUGCAUCGCCAGAUGGCCGGACCGCUACCUGGAGGAAAAAAUAUUUCGAGCCCUCGAUCUGUGCAGCGAAGGUAACAAGAGCACGGACAAAAGGCCCCACGGAGGACGUUUCUCGAACGAAAAUCACGGAUUGAACCGAGGUCGAAGCGCAGAGGUGUUCGCGCAGAAACAUCGGAUCGUGACACGCCUUUGUGAAGGCGUCACUGGUGCCGAGAGCUCGCGGAUUUCUCAUUCACGUUGAUCGUGCACGCGUAUGAAACGAAAAGAAAAAAGAAAGAAAAGGGGUGGAGAUAGCGAGAACACAGAGACACCCGGUGCAAAUCAAAAACUGGCGCGGAAAUGAAGAUUCUGCAGCGAUGAAAAGUGACUCGGGUCGCGAACUUCUUCGCCGUUCGUGAAAAACAGGAACAGGCGGAAGAGAUAGAAAUAAAAUCGAAGACACGGCGGAUCGGUGCGCGAUAGAAGGGGAGAGGAGCGCCGGGGAAGACGAUGGGUGAAGAUGAUAUUAAGGCAGAGGACUGAUUGAAAACGUGGGAAAUGGCGAUUGUCGGGGCUGUUAGUGAGAUGAGUGCGACACGUUUGAGUGUAUGGUUCGCCGCUGUUCUGUUCGUUGCUACGACUCUCGUCGAUUCCCAGGUCACAUGGACGCCGAUCUACGUGGGCACCUACAGUCAAGUGGACCUUUGGACGCAAACGACGAACGGGUGCGCGUGCAGUUUUAAUUCGUCCAGCAACGAAUGCGCGUGCUGCGUCCCAUCCGGAGGAUGCAGUUGCGGAGCCGCGUCGCCGGACAGAUGUGCUCAGUGCGGGUUGGAGCAAUACUGCGCCAACAUGUGCAACAUAACGCUCGACAGCAGACAGUUGUUCAGCAAAUCGGAUCGUGGAUUUGGCCAAAUAAAGUCGCCAUCCCUUGAAGGGCCGUCGAGGUGUACCUACAGAUUUGUCCCGGACACAGGCCAAAGAGUCGAGUUGCAGAUCUAUCGACUGAUCUCUAUAGGACGGCACAACGGUACCGCAUGCGAGGGUGGUUGGUUGCAGCUCGAAGGAGGUGGACGAGUUUGCGGCCCCAACGAACGCUUCGAUCGACCUGUCGUGCUGUUCUCCGACAAAUCAGUCCCGAUACUCCACAUGCAGAUAAACGAGAGCACGACGAGGUCCCAAUUCCUCGCGUACUUCAGUUUCUCGUCGAAGGCGAGCGUGUCCGUUGGUUGGCCGGUAAAAGGCGGAGAACCGAAGAACAACACUGAAUGCGAUUGGGUUUACAAGGACACCGAUUGCCUGGAUGGAUGCGUGUUGGCCAGCCCCGGAUAUCCUGGCCUAUAUCCACCCAACAUUCGGUGCCUCUACUCAAUUACUUCCGGUCCCCGGAUGUCCAUCGCGAUUAACUUCACUGCUGUACUUCUGCCCGAGAAGCACUGCACGAGCGACUACAUAGCCGUAUACUCGGGCUCAACAACGUCGAGUCCCCUUCUGAAGAUGCUCUGCUUCAAGAACAAAACGUCGUUGACGUACAGCGGCCGGAAACUGUUGGUCGAGUUCAGAACGGGGCCGGAAGUGCCGCCUUUCGAUUACAACGGCUUCGUAGCGACCCUUAAUUUUAUAGAAAUCACCACGGAAGCUCCGACAACGGUUACCACGGAUAUCACGAAUAAAAGUGUGGAUACGACGAAACCGAUCAACGGUGGUGGUGGCUACAACGUGGUGUACAACAAUCGCGAUCUCCAGGAUCAUCGUAAAGAUCAAGGCUCGAUAUCCGGAAGCUGUGACCUCGAGGUGAAUGGCGAGAAAGUCAGGGCUGGCCACCACGACACCAGAGGGAAACUCAAGUCCACUACGUGCAAGCUCGUGCUUCAUGGACGUGCUUACGACACUGGACACGUCUCGUUGACCAGUUACAAUCUCAGCGCCCAGGCUUGCCAAUCUUCGAUCGAAAUAUUCGACGGCCCCUCCGAAGGUACCGCGAAAUCCCUCGAGAGAAUCUGCAGUCCUGUACAGCGGCCUCCGUCGGAAUUCGUGCAACAAGAUACAUACGUCGAGCCGAAAAGGUACUCGUCUAAUGGCAGAGAUAUGACGGUCGUUCUGAAACGAGCAACGAACAGCCCCACCGACGAGGAAUACAUGGACGUCUCUUAUUACUUCCACGAUGAACGCGAGGGUGGCACUCAACAGCCGGCCAGCGUGUGCGACGUCGAAUAUUACGGACUCACGUCACCGGUGAAAGGUUCCGUGGUGCAUCCGGAUCCUUACCGAUUAUUCGCCAUGGAGAGGCCAAUAAAAUGCAGGCAGCACUUUAUCCCAGCGGCUAAUCAGUCGGUCAUCAUACGCGUGGAGAGCAGUUUGAAGCAGAGUCCGGACAGCCCUUGCAAAACCAAAUGCGGAGAUAGCGGUUGUCAGUGCGUGAGCAACAAGACCCUGGAGAGCAUGGACCAUCUUCUGCUCGUCUCUGAAACCGGUCACAUCGUCACCUGUCUUUGUGGAAAUUAUCAGGACUGGCUGCCAGUCGGUAUCCGUAGCUGGAUGCCAGUGUACAUCGAAUGGUCGAGAUCCUCGAAGGCAGGCCUCAAUUUCCGUGCGGCUUACGAGUUUAUCAAGGACACUUACUGCGGUUAUCACACAACGACAAAGCCGGAAGGCGAGGUGAAUGGCGGUGACUUGGCCAGCAGCGGCUUAAAGCUCAAUCAGUAUUAUCAACAGAAAUGCACGUGGAUUCUGAACUCCGUGACGGAUCGACAGGUCACCAUCGAAGUUAGAUCAACUCAGAACCGUCCCUGCACCGCGUGGAAUUUGACGAUACACGAGUACAGCAAGAACGGAGACCCGGCAGGGCCAAGAUUGCACACAUUUUGCUCGAGAGACACGUACAAAAAUUUCACUCUACCAUGGAAGACGAACACCGUGGUGGUUAGAUUGCAAGCACUAGGAAGGACAGCACCGGAAUAUACGAUGAAAUGGCGGAGCGAGUCUGUAAUUGCAAACACGCACAAGAGCGGGCCGUCGCCAGCACCGAAUCACGUGAUAGACUCCUCGACUGGAAAUGGACUACUAGAAGCGCGAAACCUAAUUCUAUUCGCUAUACUACUCGCUUACGUGGCCGGUUGUUGAGUCUACUCGACACACCGUGUCCUAUACACGUUCCUGUUCACAAUCAGAGACAAACUGUUGCGAACGAGCCUAAGAUUUGUACUAUUGUACCACACUAUGUGUGAACGAACUCGAACAUUAAUAUUAUCGUAAUGACUACGAUCGUGUUUCCUGAAAGUUCUUUCAGCAGUUCAGUUUUCUCGAAAAAUAGAAAAAUUUAUGGAUAGAAAUAUUUAAAGAGCGAAAUGAUUGCAUAAAACGAAAUUAUGGAAGUUUCAAAAGUUUUCAUAAAAUAUUACGUCACUGGUAUUGUGUGAAGUUUUCUAAAAGUUUAGAAGAGAAAAAGUGGGAAAAAAUCGUGCUCUUCUGAUGAAAUAUUAAAAUCAGUCGCCAUAAAAUUACCUCGCUUUUAAUCAUACAGGAACCGAAUGUAUUCUAAAUUAAAUAGAUUGCUCGAGAAUAAUUGCAAUUAAAUGAAAUUCAUUUCCAGUUCGUUUCUACGCAAAUAUUCGACAAUUAUUUUUUAAAUUGUAUAUUACUCGUCUGCAAUCUAUUUUUUCUUUUUUCAUUUAAAAUAGGAUUUCAUCGUACUGAACAAAAGAGAUAAUGAAAUGUAUAAUAAAGAUUAAUUUGCAAUCAUAGUUCUCGAGCAAACAAGAGCAUCGAAUGCUGAUCAAAGAAUACGAAAAUUCUAAAAUGAUUUAAUCGAAAGCUCAAAUAUUUUUCAAUUACCGAUAUUUUAGCGUAAUUGUUCGAAAUUGUCACACGUAGAUGAAUAUUAACAAGAUUAAAAUUUCAUCCGAUAAAUUCAAGAGAAUGAAUGGCAUGAAAUCGAAUUUUGGAAUUCAACGCUCUAGUCGAAUUACAUAUAUAUAAAUAUACAUAUAUAAAAAAUGAAUUAAAUGCGAAUCAGAGAAAAUAAGAGAGAAAUAUAUAUAUAUAAAUAUAAUUACAAAUCACACACUCGGUGUAUACCACUCGUUUUAAUUAUAAGAGUUUAAUAGAGCAUGUACAUAUUAUAUAUACAUAUACAUAUACAUAAAUUUAUAUACAGAUUGAGACAUUUAUAAAGAAAUAUUUAAAUAUUAUCUAUUCUUAUUAACAUUAUUUAUUUCUACAAUUAUUAAAGAUUAAAAAAUGACAAAAUUAUAUUAUAUUUUAUUAAAUUAUUCAUUUUCAUUAUAUAAUAUUCGCAUUAUAAAUCAAUAAUUUUUUAUAUAAUUGUUUUAUAUAUUAAAAUAUUUAAAAUUCUUUCUAUACGUCACAUUCUGUCAAUCGUAUAAAUAUACAUAAAUAUAAAUAUAGCAAGUAAAUAUAUAUGUACGAAAAGAAAUAAAAAAACGCGAUGCACGGAUUUGAAAUAGCGAAAAACCACGCGUCAUCAUUUUCACGCAAAUGCCAAAAUAAAUAUGUAAGAAAAGAAAUUCUAUAUUAUAGUUUGUAAAUACGUAAAUAGCAUAAAUAAGAUUUGUACAGAAUAUCAGGAAAUAUGUUAAGACCUCGAUAUAAUUGUAAAUUAUGCGGCAAUUUAUUGUAAAGAGCGAACUCAUGAACGGAAACAGAUUGUAUUUUAUCGAACGAGCCUCGAGUGUCCUAAGGCAAUAUUGCAAGUAAUUGUUAACACAUUUAUGGGAUUCUGUCAAAAAACUUUUUUUUCACGGUGAAAAAUAAUAUUUGUUUCACGAAAUGAAAAAUAAUUAAAUAAAAACUUCGAAUUUUUUAAAGAAAUAAUUAUUUCGUGAUCGAUUUCUGAAAAUGCGAUUGAUCGUAAAAUAAACGAAAUGGACUAGAACAUGAAUGUUUAAUAUAUUUAUCGAUUAAAAAAUAUAUAUUAAGCUAAAUGACACAGGCUUAUUGUAUUAAAAGAACCAUCCAACGAUGUGAAAAUGUUUCUAUUGGUUAAGUUUUAUAGCAUUACGAUAUUGCUGCCAUUAUUUGUACAUUAAUGUAAUAAGCCAUUCUUCGUUUAACGCAUUUAAAUAACAAUCUUUUAUAGGUUAUGGCUACCGUAUAUAUGGUAACUUCUAUUAUUUAUUUUUAGUAACAUUUUUAUACUUCGUAAUUACAAACUGUACCAUUUCGCAUCGAAACAAUGCAGUUAUAUUACCAGAGACUUUAAUGCCUGUUAAAAUUUCUAAUUAAAUCAUAACAUGUAUAAAACAAUCUCUUGUUGCGUGAAAUUCAUUCGAAUCAUUACAAACCUUCGAUAUUAUAUUAAUCUUAAGGUUUCUGUUAACAUUCUGUUUCAUUUAUUAUAUUCGAAUAAAUAUAAUUAAACGAUUUAUAGCACAAUUUCAUUGAUUAAUGGGAAUGUAUUUAUUACGAAAAAAAUUGAUAAUAAUAAUAAUAACUUUAAAAUUUUUUUUAGAAUUAAUUUAUAAUAUUAGCUAAUUGAAAGACUGAAAUUUAUCAGAAUGCAAGUUGAAGGCUAGUAAUGAUCGAAACAAUUAAUAAAUAAAAGAAUAGAAAUUUAUUCGUAAUAAAGGAUAAAAAUGUUUUGUAUAAUAAAAGACUAAGCGCUCGAAUAGAAGAAUAAUCGAUAGUCUCUUUUCUGCAACCUCGUCGAAACAGAGAUGAAAGUCACAAUGUAAUUAAUCAAUAUCAUUUUAAGAAGUGACAUUAUAAAAAAGAAGAGACAUACAUCAUUUAAUAAACAAUUUAUAUCAGCCAAACAAUAAUAGCAUGUGAUUUAAGUGACUUGUGUUUGAAAUCGUGAAUCGUUUCUGGACAAAAAUUUCAGUUGUUCACUCUAAAGAAUCAUUGAACGAAAAAUAAAAAGAUAUAAAGUUAUGAGUGGACCGUUCCUUUUUACAUUACUCGAUUACGUCCUAACAACGAUUGUAAUGCGAUCUGUUCCUUAAAUGAAUGUACCGGUUUUACACAAAAUACAUUUACCUUACAAAGGAAAGAUACAUGUUAUAUAUAUGUACUAGUCGCGUAUACUUAAGUCAGAAUAAAUAGUCAAUUGUUUCAUAUAAAGUACGAAUAAAAUAAAACAGAAAUCAGA